CGUCAUUCGGCGGAGACCUAAUAGCCUCACAAACGUAUCUGACCUUGAGCCUAUAUAAACAACUCACUCCCCCCCUAAUCUCACAAAGCUCAUUUUCUUUUCAUCAUCACCAAAUCAUAAGCGGCUAACAAACUAGGGUUUCGAGGUUUUCUCUGAGUCAGGUUUCGUUUGAUUGAACACAAAGAAGAGAUCGAAAAACUCCAGAUCGAGAUCAAUAUAUUCAUAUACAUAAGAGCGUGAAUGAGAUUAUGAUGGAAUCGAAAGGUGGUAAUAAAAAGUCGUCGUCGUCUAGUUCCUUAUGUUACGAAGCUCCCCUCGGUUACAGCAUUGAAGACGUUCGUCCCAACGGUGGCAUCAAGAAAUUCAAAUCUUCUGUUUACUCCAACUGCGCGAAGAGGCCAUCCUGAGUACCAUUCAGUUCAGACAGUCCUCGUAGUUUAACUUUCUUUACAAUUUCAGUUUACUUUCAGCUCUGGUUCCUAACUUCCUCCUCUCACAAUGUCACUCUCUGCAAUCGGGUUCGAAGGCUACGAGAAGCGUCUCGAAGUCUCCUUCUUCGAGCCGAGUCUCUUCCUCGACACUCACGGGAAAGGACUCCGGGCCUUGUCCAAAUCUCAGAUCGACGAGAUCCUCGCACCAGCUGAGUGCACCAUCGUUUCCUCUCUCUCCAACGAUGAACUCGACUCUUACGUCCUCUCCGAGUCCAGCCUCUUUAUCUUCCCUUACAAGAUCAUCAUCAAGACUUGCGGGACUACGAAGCUCCUCCUCUCUAUCGAGCCGCUCUUGAGGUUGGCCGGUGGGGUUUCUCUCGAGGUUAAGUCCGUGAGGUACACUCGCGGAAGCUUCCUCUGCCCUGGAGGUCAGCCGUUCCCUCACCGUAACUUCUCUGAAGAGGUUUCUGUGCUCGAUGGGCAUUUUGCUAAGAUGGGUUUGAGCAGUGUUGCGUACUUGAUGGGUGAUGAUGAUGAAACCAAGAAGUGGCAUGUUUACUCUGCUUCUGCUCCUGCCAAGAACUCUAACGGCGACAACAAUGUCUACACUCUCGAGAUGUGUAUGACUGGUCUGGAUAAAGACAAGGCAUCUGUGUUCUUCAAGAACGAGUCGAGCUCUGCUGGCUCCAUGACGGAUAACUCUGGUAUCAGGAAGAUACUUCCUCAAUCCCAAAUCUGCGACUUUGAGUUCGAGCCCUGCGGCUACUCGAUGAACAGCGUCGAAGGUGACGCCAUCUCCACCAUCCAUGUGACCCCUGAAGAUGGAUUCAGCUACGCUAGCUUUGAGGCAGUGGGGUACGAUUUCACGACCAUGGACUUGAGCCAACUCGUCUCAAGGGUGCUAACUUGCUUCGAGCCGAAGCAAUUCUCAGUAGCGGUGCACUCUAGCGUCGCACAGAAGAGCUACGACCACUCUGGUCUCUCUGUGGACCUGGAGGAUUACGGAUGCAGGGAGACAACUGUGGAGUCUCUAGGAGAAGAGAGAGGAACAGUGAUAUAUCAGAGGUUCGAGAAGCUGGGAAUGUACUGUGGUUCUCCGAGAUCGACUUUGAAAUGUGAGUGGAGCAGCAACAGUAGCUGCACUAGCGAGGACGAGAAGGAAGAGGGAAUCUAAGCUCUUUUGUUUAGUUUUGUUGUUUCAAAUAAUAAUGUUGCCUUUGUGUUUUUUUCUCCUUAAAAACCAGUAAUAAUUGUGUUUGGUCUCUGUGUAUUCAGAUGAUCGAAUAUUAUGAAAUAUCUAUCAAUAAGACCAUUUUCGUGAUACAA